UAACCAAAAUCCGCAUUUGGUAGCCUCAGUACGGAGAAAAUUGAAAAUUAGAGUUGUAAUAUUUCAACCUUAAAUUGUGAUGAUACUUCCAUUGAACAACAAGUUAACAGUUUUUGCCUUCAAUGGUCAAUUGAAUAAGAAGUUUCAUUAAAGCAAUAUCACUAUGAAGGCUAAAAAAUCUCGAGCUAAGAAUAUCACAAGAUCUAGAGCCGGAUGUGUUAGUUGCAAAAAGUUAAGAAUUAGAUGUGACCAAACAAGACCUAAAUGUGAAUAUUGUGUUCAUACAAAUCGAGAAUGUAUUUAUGAAACCUCGAAUUUCGUUGCAGCAGAAUACAGUCAAUUGUCACAAGCUAAAUUAUCAGAUUCAGAGCUACCGCUCGAGAUCAUGAAUAAUUCGAAGAACCUUGUUAAAAUUAACUUAAACGACAACAUAAAUCAUUGUGAAUUGGAAUAUCAAUACAAUCUCAAUAAAGCUACUAGUCAACUAGGUAUAUCCAAGUUUGAACUCAGAUUAUUAAAUUUUUUUAACAACUUUUGCCUUUGUAAAUUUUCAAAGCCAGCUCAUUCAAUGUGGAAUAGAAAUGUACCUCCCAUAUUCUUUCAAAGUGAUUUAAUACGAAACAGUAUCUACGCUUAUUCAUCUUUAAAUCUUUUCAAUUUGUGUGAUGAUUUUGAAGAAUUACGUAUUCAAGACGAUUUAAAUAGUGAAAUAAAAUCUUGUGAUACAAUUGGAUCAAUUUCUUUUUCAGCUACCAAUAAGCGUCAAGUUGAGGUGUCUAAUGAUUUACAUAUCAAAACUACCAAUUAUUUUAUAAAGACCAUUUCCAGAAAGAAUCAAUUAAUUGAAAGGUUUUAUGAUCCAAAUGAUACCACAGAUAAAUCAAUAAUAGCGACUGAGCUAAUGGUAUCAAGCUUCGUUAUUUUUCCCUUCUUAGCAAUGCAUCAUCAUAAAUUAAUGACCUUAGUUAGUUUUGACAGAUCAGAAUCUGAUUUCAUAUCUAUUUGUCAAGGCAUUCGUAAUAUAAUGACAUCAUUUGGACCUCAUAGUCCAUUCAACAACAUAUUUGCAUCUGAAUUAAAACUUAAAAUACCAAGUGUUAAACAAAGUAGUAUUCCUAUCAUUGUUAAAUUAAGGGAGGAUUUAGAAUUUGAAUAUGAUCAUAAAGACUUAUAUUUAAUUUCUAUAGACAAAUAUAAUAUAUUAUACCAAAUGCUUGAGAGCUUACAAAAGUCUUUACAUAUAUUCAUAUUGAUUGGAAAUCCAGUUCCUUUAUAUAGAUGGAUAUUAUCAAUCACAGAUAGAUAUCUUGAUUUGGUCUACGAAAAGUUCCCCUUUGCAUUGAGAUUCUUGUAUAUAUAUUCUAGCUUAGCUACAUUAUCAAAAUUUCAACUAGUCAAUGACUCUAAUUUAUGGGUUGAUUACAUGAAAUGGUAUAAAAAGUACAAUUCCCACUUGUUUGGAGGUUGGAAUUAUUCAAUGGAUGAAUCAUUUUAUAGUCUAGUAUUUGAUAAAGGGUUCAGCCUUGUUGGAAACAGUGAAGCAAAUUUGAUCACUUUUGAUCCUGACUUCUUAGUUCAGAUUGUAUAGACAUGUCCAAAGACAUUCUAUAUUUCUAAUGUGUUACAGUUUAUAAUUCUUAGAUAUAAAUUUAAGCUUAAGAUGAAAUUUGCAUCAAAAAUGUGGCAUCCGCGUCAGAAAUAUCCUAAUCAUCUAAAAUC